ACUUCAGUCGCGUCUGUCAUGUUGUCGUUUGUCAUGUCUUCCCGAGUCUUGCUACUGUUAUACGUCCUGUCAGGCUGCUGCCUGUCUCAAGAUUGCAACACAUUCGACAUUCUGAGCACGUUGAAAUUAGUCGGCGGCCGCAAUGCCAGUCAAUUGCAAGAGGCACCAGCCUCGUCCAACGAAGUUCUGGCAUUAUCAGACAAGAGCAGAAUAGAAUUUCAGCCAGGAGACAUCUUUCCCACCUCGUGUAAUGGAUUUCCGAGCAACUUCUGCGUCAGAGUGAUGUUCAAACUUAGAGAACGUAUUCAGAAGGCAUUUUACAUAUUUACGCUGACCAAUUCGAAAAGUUCUACUGUUAUACUGGGACUAAGUUUGCAGACAGGUAAAGUAGUUUUGGACUACCAAGCGAAGGGCGCAUCCAAAAGUCAGAAAGCGACUUUGAACGUGAAUACCGACCAGCUAGCUGACACGGCAUGGCACAGGCUUCAAAUUUGUGUCGUUGAUGACCAAGCCAAACUCAAUGUAGACUGUACACAUGAUGUCGUAUCGGAUCCUCUCAAACAACGAGCGGAAGUCGAUCUUACUGGACUGGGAUUCGUAGGCAGGAAGACAGUAUUGGGCGGCAAGAAGAGACAGAGCUUAUUCCAGGGUAGCAUAGCUGCACUGGAGAUUGCAAAGUACACCAAACACGUGGAAUCAAGCUUCUGCUCAUAUGAUACAACACCGUCGCCGUCAACUUCGCCAUCAACUUGCGCUGAGCUGCGACCUGGUGGUCAAGUACCUGUCGUUUUCUCAGAAGAGUCACAAGAGUGUAACUCUUGCACAAACGGGAAUCUUUGGUAUGAUGUCAACCGUUCAAAGAUGAAAGUCUGUGACGGCACUCACUGGAAAUGUCUUAGUGACUGUCAGUGCAAUAUAGACUACAUUGAGAUGAAUCAGACAUUGUUCACAACCAACGCAAGCGAUACUGAAUUUUUCCAACUGCCAGGACACGGAUUAUUUGUCUGCGUUGCACAAUACAAUGCAGUAAAAGGAGCUGGUGAUUUCUCCAUCAUAUUCCAUCUCGAAGACGGUGUUUGGUCAGAAUACCAGAGGCUACCAACAAAAGGUGCUCAAGACUGUGCUUAUUUUAUUGUGGACGGUCACCACCAUGUUGCAGUAGCAAAUCUGGGUAAGGAAAAUAGUAAUAGAGUCGUAGACUCAGUCAUCUAUAGGUGGAAUAACAACACUGGCCGCUUCAAUCAGUUUGCAUCCCUCCCCACCGGAAAAGCUAGGGAUUCUACGUUUUUUUGCAUGGAUCCAACUUACUGCUUUCUAGCUGUUGCAAAGUAUUCAGACGGUAUGACCAUCCUUACCAAUUCCAUCAUUUAUAGGUAUCACCAAGGAACAUUUAGAGAACAUCAGCAAAUCGCAACGCAAGGAGGAUAUGAUAUCAAGUAUUUUGAAAUUGAUGGGAAACAUUUCUUGGCAGCGGCGAAUGCAUUUAAUGGUCAGACAACUCACAUCAACUCACACAUAUACAAAUGGCAUGAGCAAACUUUGAAGUUUACUCAUCACCAGUCUAUACCAACUAUUGGCGCAACAGACUGGGAAUUCUUUCAGAUAAAAGGAGACAGCUACCUUGCAGUAGCAAACUCCUUUAACCACAGACCUGAGUCACCUCUAGACGAGAAGCAGCAUGAAGUUGAUUCGGUGAUAUACAAAUUUGACAAAAGCAGUGGCCAGUUUGGCUUCUUUCAGUCGCUGACCACGUACAGUGCAUCUAAGUGGUCUUACUUCGAAGUGUGUGGAAGUUCUUACUUGUCGGUUGCAAAUUCAUAUGAUGAGGACAGCGAACAUGUGGUUCAUUCCAACAUCUACCGCUACAUGGGUGUAGAGAAGUUUGUACUAGCACACUCUGUUGAAACUCAAGGAGCUGUAGACUGGGAUUACAUUCAUUUUAAUGAGCAAGAUUUCUUGUCAUGUGCCAAUUCCAAGGGAGGAGAGUCAUAUAUUUUGGAAGUUAAGAAGACUUCUUGUUGCAACUAGAAACUCUGAUUACUACUACCUUUGGUUGCUGUCAAACAAGAGUACAUAUUCUUUGAGUGCACUGAAGCCUGUGUAUGAAUGAAAGAGUCUGCAUUCAUGUGGACACUAGAGAAGAUGUGUAUUGCUUAGUCAUGCUAUCUGCUGCUUGUAUAUAUACGUAUUGAUGUGAGUCUAGCAAUAAAGUGUUUGUUGCAAA